CAUUGCCAGGGCAAGUUACGGGCAAUUACUACAUCACAUAGGGAGGUUCCUGGAGCGAAUCAUGUAGGCGUAUAGCUAGAAAGAUGGUAUAAAAUUUUAUCAUCAAGGUCGUGAGGUCGCAAUUGGCGUCAGAAAUCACUAUUAUUAGGUCAAGGUAGUACUUAGGUAGGUAGGUUCUGGUCGAUUUGGUAGGUACUCUAGGAACCUCAGUACCUUACUCCGUAAUAUCUACAUUAGUAGACUGCCAUUCUCACUCACCCUCCACCGAUUGGAAACUCUUCUUUUUUUCCUCUUCCUUUCUUCACUGUCUAAUAUCCAUCUCAAUAUAUCUUGCUUGCACAAUGGCUACCAACAUCACCUGGCACCCUUCCUUGUCGCGCAAGGAGCGUAACGAGACCCGUGGACAGCGCGGUCUCACCAUCUGGCUGACCGGUCUCUCUGCUUCUGGCAAGUCCACUGUCGCCACUGCGCUUGAGCAGCAUCUCCUUCACCUCGGCGUCGCUGCCUACCGUCUAGACGGCGACAAUGUCCGCUUCGGACUGAACAAGGACCUUGGCUUCUCAGAGGCUGACCGAAACGAGAACAUUCGCCGCAUCUCCGAAGUUGCCAAGCUCUUCGCGGACUCAUCCACCAUCGCCAUUACCUCUUUUAUCUCUCCCUACAGAGCUGAUCGCAAGGUCGCCCGUGAUCUGCACGAGCAAGCCACACAGGGCGGCGAUGAGCCAAUCCCCUUUAUCGAAGUCUACGUUGAUGUGCCCCUCGAAGUUGCCGAGCAGCGUGAUCCCAAGGGUCUUUACAAGAAGGCUCGCGCUGGUGAGAUCAAGGAUUUCACUGGCAUUUCUGCUCCUUACGAGGAGCCCGAGAACGCCGAGAUCACUAUCAAGACUCACGAGAGCUCAGUUGAGGAGUGUGUUGCUCAGAUCGUUCAGUGGCUCAGUGAGAAGGGUUAUCUCAAUAAGAAAUAGGCACAAAAUCCAUAAUUGUCUUUCGCACUUUAAAAAGAGGUAGAUCGGAUAUUAGUGCCAUGCGACACCGGCCGUCGUCACUCAAGAGGCAUAAUGAUAGGGUAGAAUAUAGGCGUUUCUUGCAUGCAGGCGACUAGUUCUAUCGUUCUUCUUUCUCAGCUUGUCUUCCUUUCGCCAACCUUCCAGCCGCGCCAUUCGCUAAGGAAACUCGAUCUCGUAGUAUACGUAUGCCGUGUAUUCGUGUCCCUCGCCAGUCUGAAAACCAGCGG